ACACACCAACACCUGCUGCCACCUUAUCUUGAACAUUUGACUUUCUCCACAACAAGCCACGACAACGUAGAUCGAUCUCCUAGAAUUGCCAAGAAUCAAAUCUCUCCCAGUAGACCGCCCCCCCCCGAAACCUCCAUCAUGCUCUGCAGGUCGUGCCGCCGCGCAAUCGCGGUAGCCACACCGGCCUCGAACACCAUCGCCAGAGCUUCCGCCGCGAGCCUCCCGAUCGCGACCAGAAACUACUCCUCUCAACAUGCCACUGCUCCCCGAUCAAGCCCGUCUUCCGUCUUCGCAUACCGUCCUUCACUCCACAUCGCCCAGACGGCCCCGAAGCGGUCCUACUCGGCAGAGACGUCUCCAUCAACACCAUCCAUCGAAAAGCCUGACCACCUCGAUGCCGCCGAGUCGACGAUAUGGGACAAACUGGUGGCCGAGUUCGCGCCCUCAGAGCUCGUCGUGCAGGACGUCUCUGGCGGCUGCGGCUCCAUGUACGCCAUUGACAUCACCUCGACCAAGUUCAAGGGCGCCAACAUGCUGAAGCAGCAGCGCAUGGUCAACGCCGUGCUGGGCGACAUGUUGAAGCAGUGGCACGGGGUCCAGCUGCGCACCAAGGCGCCGUGAGCCUAAAAGGAUCUUUUUGUCUUUGGUCAGAUCGAGUCUCGCCCCGUAACAUAACGGGAGCGGACAUGGAUGUAUAAUACUUGUAGACGACAGUGUACCAUCAACUUGACUAUUCUCUCAUGGCCCAGCUCCUCUGUGGCCAGACCGACUACACGACUAGGCAACUUGUUUUAUUAGGGACUGAAGAGAGGGGAGCUCGGCUUUUGCCGAGGACAUUUGCAGGACAUUUGCAUGCUUUGGGUUCUCUCGAUCGAGAAAGGGAGGCCACACCCAGGAAUUCCGAGGACUAGUCGUCUGAUUUACUCUCAUACCAUUCAUGCCUGGUGUUGAAGCUAUUCUCCUGGCUUGACUUCUUGCCCGUUUCCCUAGGGCUCUUUGACGAUCUAUUUCUCGGCACGCCUUGCGUCUAUCUUCCCCUCUCUAGCAUUUGUCUUGAAGAAGAAAUCCGC